UUCUCUUUUUAGCAGAGAUCAUUUGAUAACACUAUGAGAUAUAUCCUACUCUGCGUUGCACUGUUCCUGCCUGGAAGUCUUGCUCUCCCAGUUUUGCCUAAGCCAGAGCCAUGGAGCUCUGGAGACCUGAAGCGUAUACAGAAUUACCUUGACAGGUUCUUUCCAUCCAUUAAUAAAGCAGAUGGCCGUACCUUAGAAGAGAAAAUUAAAGAGAUGCAGAAAUUUUUCCACCUGACUGUAACAGGAAAAUUUAAUUCAGAAACAGAGGAAAUGAUGGAUCAGCCAAGGUGUGGCAUCCCCGAUGUAUUAGAUUACAGCACAUUUCCAGGAAGUCCAAGAUGGAGGAAGAAUUUGUUGACUUACAGGAUCCUUAACUAUACACCUGAUCUGCCUCGUUUUAUGGUGGAGGAAGCAAUCGAAAAGGCUUUUAAAGUGUGGAGUGACGUGACUCCACUGAAGUUUCAAAAAGUUGACAGGAGAGAAGCUGAUAUCCUGAUUCGUUUUGCGCAUGGUGCACAUGGCGACUCAUACCCCUUUGAUGGAAGAGGGGGAGUACUGGCCCAUGCCUUUGCACCUGGCUCAGGGUUAGGAGGAGAUGCUCACUUUGAUGAGGGCGAGAAGUGGUCACAAGAUCAUAUAGGAACAAAUUUGUUCCUUGUUGCUGCACAUGAAUUUGGUCAUUCUUUGGGACUUGGUCAUUCAAACGUUCAAGGUGCUCUGAUGUACCCUAUCUAUCACUACUGGAACCCAGACACCUUCAGACUUCCAGCUGAUGACAGACAAGGAAUUCAGAAAUUAUACGGCCGCAAAAGUGAAAACUUCUAAAGAACCAUGGUGUGUUUAAAAAGAAUGAAGAAUUCACACCAGAAAUGUUUCAUUUUAUUUCUUCAGUGAAUUAAAAUUGCAAAUGUUUAAGAGCAAUUUCUGCUCCC